UAUUUAAGUGUUUAGAGGUCACCACCUGUUGCUCGUCAGACACGAAGGGAAGCAUACCAGUCUAUGAAGAAAUGAAGCUGGAAGUGCUGCUCCGAUUGAUCCUGGUGCUUUCUGUCCAAACCCUACAUGUUUGGGCUGCAGGAUCCGAUCAACAUGGACCCGUGGAGAUUUACUGUGAGGGUCAUGGAAGAUUUUGCACCUUGGAAUGGGAUCCAUUUUGUGGUGUUGAUGGACAUACAUACUCAAAUCAGUGUUUUCUCUGUCAGAGAAAUGGAGGGAAUGUGAAGGUGGCACACAAGGGUGAGUGUCGCAAGACUGAUCCCUGUGAGAUGUAUGGACGGCUUUGCCCCACAGAAGUGGAUCCAGUAUGUGGCAGUGAUGGUCAUACAUACAAGAAUCGGUGUAGUCUCUGCCAGAGAAUGAGAUUGACUCACAAGAAAGUGAAGGUGGUACACAAGGGUUGGUGUUGAAUUUGGCAUGUUUCCUGAGAUGUCAAUGGAACAACAAGGUGGCUGACAUUAAAGUAUGGGUGCAAACGUAAUAAAAGGUUUCAAAUUA